UGAGGAGGAGGAGGAGGGAGUGACAGAGAAGCGGAACGACAGAGAGCAGAGAAAAAAAAAAAGGGUUGCUGUCUCUGGAGGAAGUAAUUGUGAGGGGGCCCUCAUAGCGGGAGGAAGCGAGCGAGGAGGCGGGCAGGCAGGCAGGCAGGCAGGCAGGCAGCGGUUCUAUGGCUCAGUCGGCUGCUAACGGUGUGGACCAGGACCUGGCCAGCAAGAGGCUGCACUCAAGGAUGGAGGCCUCUUGCUUGGAGUUGGCCUUGGAAGGAGAGCGGCUGUGCAAGGCGGGGGACUUUAAAGGGGGGACAGCGUUUUUUGAGGCGGCCGUGCAAGUCGGCACAGAAGACCUGAAGACCCUCAGUGCCAUCUACAGCCAGCUGGGCAAUGCCUACUUCUACCUUAAAGAGUACGGCAAAGCCCUGGAAUACCACAAACAUGACCUUACUUUGGCCAGAACGAUAGGAGACAGAAUUGGAGAAGGAAAGGCCAGUGGUAACCUUGGUAACACAUUAAAAGUGUUGGGGCGCUUUGAUGAGGCUGUGGUGUGCUGUCAAAGACACCUGGACAUUUCUCAGGAGCAAGGAGACAAGGUCGGAGAGGCCAGAGCGCUGUAUAACAUAGGCAACGUGUUUCAUGCAAAGGGCAAACAACAGUUAUGGGGCUGCACACAGGAACCAGGGGAUCUGCCUCCGGAUGUCAGAGACACUCUGCAAAGGGCUACUGGCUUUUAUGAGAUGAACUUGUGUUUGGUCAAAGAACUUGGAGACCGAGCUGCUCAGGGGAGGGCCUAUGGGAACCUGGGCAACACCCACUACCUGCUGGGAAACUUUGUCGAAGCUAUCAAGUUCCACCGUCAGCGAUUAUCCAUAGCCAAAGAAUUUGGGGACAAAGCGGCAGAACGGCGAGCCUACAGUAACCUCGGCAAUGCCCUGAUAUUCCUGGGCCAGUUCAACACGGCCACUGAAUACUACAGGAAAACUUUGCAGCUGUCCAGGCAGCUGAGGGACCAGGUGAUGGAGGCUCAGGCCUGUUACAGUCUUGGAAACACCUACACUCUUUUGCAGCAGUAUGAAAGGGCCAUAGAUUACCACCUGAAACACCUGUACAUAGCCCAGGAGCUUACUGACAGAGUUGGAGAGGGCCGUGCCUGCUGGAGUCUGGGAAAUGCAUACGUGUCUUUACAGAACCACAAACAAGCUCUCCACUAUGCCCGAAAGCACCUGGACAUAUCUAAAGAAAUUGGAGACAGAAAUGGGGAACUGACAGCCAGAAUGAAUGUGGAGCAGCUGAUGGAGGCGCUGGGGGUCAAUGAGAGCGACCUUUCGCCUUCCAGUUCAGAAUUUGAGAUGCAAGGCGCAAGACCCAAAUUCACCAAGCGAAACAGCAUGGACAGUGUAGAGCUUUGGAAGUACUCUUCGGAUAAGAAUGGAGAGAACCAAGACUUGGAACCCGGGAGAUCCAAGAGUCAGCUGUCCCAGCCAGGCAAAAGAAAAGGCUAUCCUGACAGUCAGUCCUCAGAUGAAAGGCCAUGGUUGGACUCUCCUGUAGACACCGAUGACAUCACCGUGCAAGUCCCGCCUCCAGUGCCAAAGCUGGGCCGUGACCCGUCCGAUGAAGACUGCUUCUUUGACCUCCUCAGCAAGUUCCAGAGCAGCCGCAUGGAUGACCAGCGCUGCCAUCUUGAUGAGCCACAGAACGGAGACAACGGAGAAGGUGGUGCCAACUCCGUGCCCUCCCUGAACGAAAUAAUAGAUCCUGCUAUUACCACUUCCCCCCAGACUGAGGAGCUGUUUGAUUUGAUCGCUAGCUCCCAGAGCCGCCGUCUAGAUGACCAGCGGGUCAAUGUUGGUAACCUUCCAGGACUGAGGAUCACUCACAACAACCUGGGACACCUGGUGGGUGAGGGAGACCAUCAAGAACCCAGCGAUGACUUCUUCAACAUGCUUAUCAAGUGCCAGUCCUCUAGAAUUGAUGACCAGCGGUGCUCCCCACCAGAAGCAGGCCCCCACGCCCCCACAGUGCCUGAUGAAGACUUCUUCAGUCUAAUCCAGAGGGUGCAGGCCAAGCGCAUGGACGAGCAGCGCGUCCAUCUGCCCUCAGACGACCAGGACGACCCUGAGUCCCCCGAUCCGGAGCCGCCCGGUGGCUUUUCCAGCUAGGACUCGGUGAAUAACGCUGCAUAACUUCAUGUCAAAGAAAAUAAAAAAAGCGCAAGAAAUGAAAGAGGGAUGAGCCAACAUUUAAAGACGGCACUGAAGGGUGAACUAACAAGAUUUUAAAUAACAAGACAAAUUCCAUGUGCAAUAGGUGGUGCCCUGUCAAAUGUUGCUUGAUGUGUUAUGUUCUAAAUGUGUGUUAAUAUAAAGGGGAAAACAAGCAGAAUUUUAAGCUCGAUGGUGUGAGAAGGAAAUACAUUUGGGAGAACAUGAAACAAACAUGAAAUAAUGUACUCAAUCGAAUGCCUUAAUUAGCAUUUUUUUUUUCCAGACUCAAGAUUGUAUUCCGUGCUGUCAGAUGUGUUCUGUAGAGGCACAGGAUGGGCAUACGGUGUAAUAUGGACGAUUAAUGAGCAGACCUACAGCAUGAGUCGUGGGAAUCACAAAGAGAUAAUGAUAGUAACAGUCUUGAUGAAAACAUCAGAGAAAUUUGCACUGAAAUCUUAACCAGUUUUUUAAAGAUAUGAAAUAGGAUGUUUAUACCAACUGUCUUUAUCAAACAAGUAAAAAAUCUGAUCAAUGGUGCUUUAUCAUUACAUGUUUGUGGUUCCCUCUGCUCAUAAAGAACUGGUGUAACAGUAUUAAGGAUCAUCAGCCAGUGACACUGCUUUGGUCAGUUUAAACUUUCUACUGGUUGAUAACAACGCUUCAUUUUUUUUCUGACAAAGUAAUAUAAUUCCUUCAAAUUGACAGUGAGUGAAAUAGGACUUCCCACAUAAAUGUUAUUUAUGUGCAUUUCUGCAUUUGCAUAAAUGCAUCUCCUCACACGGUGUGCGGUAACCAAGGUUACCGAGCAAACGGUAUGAAAUAGCUGCUUCUUUUAUCGGUCCAAGAGUAGAGUUGUGCGAGGAUUCAAGCUCCAGUUAUGUGUUUCUGCUUAGCUUUGAAAGUAAUGCAAUCUGCUGCCCAUAAUGUUGUCAACAUCUGAUAACAGACUACCGCUUACUGCCAUUAUUAUCAUCACUUAACAUAGAUGUAGAAGCAGAUGGAUAAGAUGGAUGUGUCAUAUUUUGAUGAAUCUAAUACCAUGAACAAUAUUGAAGCACUAAUUCUAGGUCGUGCUGCAAGUGUGCUGCCUCCCUGUGGUCAGAACCUUGUAUUACCUCUGUGGAAUACAGAGUACAGUCGAUUGGGGUUGAAAGGCAUUUCCUACUCUUGAAUAUUUGUAGGACAACAUUAUAAUAGUAAUAUUGCCACACAGUACAAGAUAGAUGAGUGAAUGAAAACUUUCCUCUGGUUUCAGCAACAGUGUUUUGUAAACUUGCACCAUAAAUGCAAUGAGAUUUUUGCAAAUCCUCUCCUAAAGGUCAUAGUGUAUCAUUUCAGUUCCAUGUACAUUUCUAUAUUUCCUUUGUCAUAAAAGUUCCCAAAUCAGCAAGAGAGGUACAAACUGCAGAAAUACAUUUUAAUCAGCUAAGAGUUUGAAACCUUUAGCUGUGAAGAACAUCUGUAUAAUGGUACUGUACAAAAAGAAGUUGACCUUGUCUGUGUGCUUGGUUUGGAUUCUUAAGUAGUGCAUACCUAAUUUUUGUACCUCAAAGUUAACGAACUGAGAUGUUGAGUUCUGAACCCGAAUGGAUCAUGUACCAAGUUCACAGUGGUUGUGUUUGAUUCAUCUACCUUUGAUAAACAACACGUUGGGAGCUAAAGUAAAUAUUCUCUUUUUCUGUUUUUUUUGUGAAUUAACAUUUUUUAGAAAGUUCUUGGUACGCUUCUAUCUGUCUUUGCCAUAAUUUGUACAUAUAAAUAUAUUUUGUAUUUAUGUUCCAUAUGAGGACAUGAAUAUGUCCCAUCAUGCUUUUAA